GCUUGGAUAUUGUACAGCUCAAGACACGACUUAACCACCAUGAAGCUUCUCAGGGCCUUGGAGCCCAAUCGACAGCAGGAACUCCUCCUGUCAGCGGCUGCUCAGUCGUACCGCCCGCUCAACCAGACACCGCCGAUUGGUAUUUGCCUGCUCCUGGCGAGACUCCCCUUGGAGCUACGGCUUGCGGUCUACGAGCUGCUUCUAUGCUCGUCGCCGAAGAUACUGAUAUCACACACCAGGCGACAGCGUUCAAGCUUCUGCCAUUUUUGCGGCGGUGCUCCUCCGGCUCAUUGGCGAGCUCAGGCGCCGAUCCUGCAAACGUGUAAGCAGAUCAAUAUGGAGGCCACACCGGUCCUCUAUGGCCAGAAUCACUUUGUCAUCAGCUUUCCUCUCGACAAGCCGUUGCAGCUGUCCCAUUUCUUCAUCUACCACGUGCGGCACUCGACAGCGCUGGAGAUGAGAAACCUGACAUUCCGAGCUGGCUACAUGGACAGGGACCUAUACCCAGCCGCCUACCGCUGUCCAUGUAGUACCGGUCAAAGGGAAUGGAAGACAGACGGAAGGGCGCUGAGCAAGAUCGUCUUCCCCCAUUGUUCCCGGAGUACCCUACGACCUUCCCCGAAGAGAACCAAAGAGAUUCACGAAAUCAUCAGGAAUCGACUUCAGGUGGAUGGAAAUGAUAAGAACCACAAAGGCCAUAAUAGGGCAAGAUGGUCGUGCAGCACUUGCGGGCAUGAUCUUUCUUGAAGGGGGAGCCUCCUUCUAGCCCACGGUACAGGAGGUGAUCGAGGAUAUUGUCACGUGGAUUGGGAACGGGCUCACGGCAAAAUUCGCCUAGAACCUGUUGUUUUGGUAAUGGUGAUAUGAGGUCUAUCUUGUAUUGCUACAAUGGGAAGUCCGUAGUGUCUAUGUAGUCGAUGAUAUUCUUCUAGCGCU